GUGUGCAAAUGAAUUAUAAGUGACCGCAAUUUUUCGUCAUGGGAAACGCUAAAUCGCAACCGUCUCGACCUCGGAGGCCGCUCUACCUGUUCUACCUGAUUCACCGGACCUGGAGCAUCGUUGUCGACCACCGAAGUGCUGGCAAGGAGGAAAGAUACGAAGAUACCGAUCGCGAAACCGAUUUCAAUUCGAGAUGCAGCGGCUGCGCCGGCUGCGGUUAUCGACAAGAUAGUUUAUCGUUCGACAGCGAGUCGGACAUGGCUCCCAAUGCAGAGGAGGAACUGCUAGCCGUCAAGCCAUGGGCGCCACAUCCGGAUAAGCAACAAGAACGCCUCAGGCCUCCGACCUACAACGCUGAGGAUUAUGCCGUCGCCCUUCGCAGAUGGGGAAGACGCCCGAUUCCAUCACCUGCACCGGAAACUCAGAAUGGAACUUUACCAUCCACCACCAGCUCCAGUUCCGGAUACGCUUCCGGUUGCGGGGAGAUGACGCUGCGCCAGUUCACUUCCGUCAGCGAACUCCUCAACAAACUUAGGACUGAUCUUAGGCUCGCCUUUCCGAGUUUCGUCCAGGAGUUCGCCUCGGCACCGGCAGACGGCAUAACUCUGCUCUUGGAGACCCUGAGGGGCGUCCAACUCGCCCAGAAUUCUCCACCCUCCGGUCAAACUGGUCCGAGAAUCGGUACUCGAAGGGCAGCCCUGGACGAAUUGGGAUGCGUCGAGUGUCUCGCUGCUUGUGGUGAACGAUGCGCCGACGCUCCGAGACUUCUUAUCGAAGCUCAACCUGGGCUUUUGGCUCUAGCCGUUUGCCUCACGAGCAGUUUAAAUCGUUCCAGAGUUCUGGCCUUACAGCUACUAACGAGAGUCUGUCAAGCACCUGGCGGCCAUGCCGCUGUCUCUGAGGCUGUUUCAACUUUGCGAUUGAGGUACGGAGAAGGCGGAAGAUUCAGGUUUUUGGCCGGAGCUCUGCUCGCUCCUAGCGCAGCCAUUGUUCUUCGCGUCGCCGGGAUUUCCUUCUUGAACGCCUUCAUCAAGUCCGCUCCCCGGGCGCAGACCAAACUUUAUAUUCAGGCGGAGGCCUGCGAAGCCGGUCUGGAACCGAAGGUGCUUCAAGAAUGGUUGACGGAUCUGGACUCAAGCGUGGAGGAGUCGAUGACGGAGUUGUUACGUAAGGAGGUGCACCGAUGGUCCCGGAACUGCGUGGACGUCGAGGGGUUGCAAAACCGGGCGUCGCGAGCGGAGGAAACGUGCCGGAUGUUGGGGAAGAAGAUCCUGUCUCUUCAGCGACAGAUCGAGAGUCUCCAGGUGGCGAACAUGAACGGAUACAACGCCUCGAAGCUGCCCUCAAAGCCGGGCGACAACAACGCCUCGCUGAACGCCGAGGACGAGGGCAUAAGUUCCUCGGAGCGUUCGAGCACCCCGGAGGAGCUUCUGAAGCGCGAGGAUCUCGAGGGCGGGCCAAAGGCCUCGGGGAUGCCGGACAACGACCAGGAGACGACGAUCGACGACGUGAUCGAGGAGCUGCGGAUCAUCGUGAAGGACGCGGAGGAGGAGUACGAGGACAAGGCCGGAGGAGUGAAGCGUGGACAGCGUCGACCACCCGAAUCCUGCUCCUCGGCGAGCUCGCGACCGAACAAUCCCGGGGGCCCUAAGACCCCGCGAAACGAGCCGAACCCGGUGACGUACUUCGGAGGCCGGGGACCCGCCGAUUCGGAGGAUCUAAGCUGCUCAGGUUCAACGGCAACGCGGAAACUCAGCUCGGGCCGAUCGACGGUGAGCAAAUCCUCCGCGGGUGGGAGCCUCAAGAUCUUAGUUAAGGGGCCUGACAUCGAGGAGGCCAUUGUGCCCGCCAUCAUCCACCCACAGCCACCGAAGCGCAGCGCCCCCUGCAUCUCCGCCAUAUUGGCCGGGCGCGGAUGCGGCUUCGCCGGUAACGAAGAGCCCUACGUUUCACCGGGUGAGGAGGUCGAAGAGGAGACCCUCGGCGACGGCAGCGACUCGCUCCUCAGUGCUUCGAGGCUUAAAUAUCCCUCUGAGGAACCUGUUCCUCCCUUUCCCAUACCCAAGACUGAGUCCAAGAAGACCAUCCGCAACUACGACGGCGGAAUGGCGCGGCGAGCCGGCUUCGUCGGUCACAGAGCGCACAGUCAAGGCAGCGCGCAGGAAGGAAGGAGGAAGACCUUGCGCAGGACCUCGAGUCAAGACUGUCUUGACGCCAGGAGUCGCGGGCAGCGAGUGAGGCGGUCGGAGAGUGGGGUUGAAGGGCGAAUAAGGAAGUUUGAGAGUCUCAACUCGGUCGAUAACCUGAGCGCGGAUAGUGGAACGGGGAUGCGCCGCUCCGAGUCGUUCCAUCAGGUCUCCCUCGGUGCCAAGGAAUCCCCGGCUUCUUCAUCCCGCGGCGGAAGUGACGCGGGACUUUUUUACGUUACGAAUUUUGACCUGGAACCGGUCGUCACGCAGAUGGCGCGCAGGAGCGAAUCGCAAGCCUGCCCGAAGAAUUCCAGUCUAUUGACUAAGUCCCUCGACCGAAUUGACGAGGGCCUCGAUUCCAUGGUCGAUAUCGUUCUCACCGAGGAGAAGGAGUGGGGAGAAAACGGGGCCCGGUUAAGGCCCGAUAAACGGGCCAAGAGCGCGACUCGCGACAACCGACAACAGAUACGAAAUGAUGAGUUUUACGCGAGCUUUUGCAAGCUCGGAUCCAAGCACCUGCGCAGCGACGAGCUUUACGCCGACAAAUCUGCUCCUCCUGGUAAUAACUUCCAGUGGAGCUAUCAGACCGAAUUGAACAACUCGAGAAAGACCGGAUCGCAGACAUGCAACCGCGCUGUUUUAUCCGCUUCCGGUUCAAGUCGGCCUGAAUCUUUCUCCGUCGACAAGAGCGUCGACAGCAAGUUUUCGAAGGGCUCGAACGAGUCGGGGAUCUACCUUCCUGGGAGAUCCUACGACGCCUUUGGCCUCUCGAAGAAUAGGUUUAACGCCGGAAAGUAUUCCGGGAACAAUCUAAAUCAGGCCAAAUUAACAUCCGCUAGGGAAGGUGUCAUUCCCUGCAGAAAUUCAAUCGUACUGCAAACCAACACCGGUAAUAACAAACACGGCAAGGUCACCGACGUCAUUUCCGGUCUCUAUUGAUACCGCGUUUUGAGCUUUUUUCACAUAAGCUUUCACUUCAGGUAAC